AUGCGGUCAUUCUUUCAGAAGCCAGAAUGGGCUACCAAAACGGGUGAUUCAAGUACGGAAUUCUACCGUCGCUCUGGGCAAACAUUUUCGGAUAUCGUCGCGGCGAAUCGCGAGGCCCGUCGAAAACAAAAACUUGCAGCCCUUUCGUCUCAAAGCAGAUCACCUGAUCCUUUGGAUCAGAGUCGAGAAGCAAAGCGGCGGCGAAAGUCGGACGAGAAUGAGGUGAUAUCGCCAACUGAGGAUGAGAAGUCUGCGGGGCAGGAUGAGGGAGACGGGGAGUUGGAAAGCGCGCAUGAGGACGAUGACAGAGGACGGACUGCUUCAUCGCAGCCUGAUGAUAAUGAAGAUGAGGAGGAGGGGAAGAGCCGUCAUGAUGCCAACAGUUUUCAGACCAGUGAUGGGAUAUCUCAGCCAACGAGCCCUCCACGCCCUAUAUACAUUGACGAUUCCCCCCGCAAACAACCUGCAGAUGAGCCGCUGAAUCAAUCAUUAUCACACCAGGACAUGAACAUCGAGCACACGAGCGCUCCUCAGAGCACGACAAGACAAGAGAGGACGGAUGAUGGAAGGCUCAAUUUACCCGCUCAGUCGACCACGACGACAGGCUACACCUCUCCAUUACCACGAGCCACUCCUACUCCGCCGCCAGCCGUCAAAGAUAUAAGAGUGCAUAUUCUGAUAACCUCAAAUAUUCCCAACACCAAGCCACUGAUCGUCCAGCGCAAGAUUACUCAAGCUCUCAGGGAUGCCCGUCUAGCAUGGUGCGAGCGCCAAGGCUUCACUGACCAAGAGAAAUCCACGAUCUACCUGACUUGGCAGGGUCGCAGAGUGUUUGACGUGACGACGUGUGGCAGCCUCAACAUCAAGAAUGACAAAAAGUCUCUACUAAGUAUUGAUGACGAAUUCGAUGAGGAGGAGCCACCGUCGGAACUCCAGAUUCAUAUGGAGGCAGUCACUCAGAACCAAACGCUGUUGAACCGUCGGGGUCCAUCCCCAGAUGUCAGCGGACGCGGCGCUAGCGAUGCUGAUGCUGGCGAUGUGCCGCCAGACACACAGAAUGAUCCAGACAAUGCGCCCAUGAAGCUCAUGCUGAAGAGUCCGGGCCUCAGCGACUUCAAAAUCAAGGCGAGACCCUCGACCAAAGUGUCCAAAAUUGUAGCUGCGUUUCGGCAAAAACAAAACAUAUCCGAGGGCAAGCUUGUGCAUCUUGUCUUUGAUGGCGACCGACUUGAACCCGACCAGUGCCUCAGUGAAUAUGAUGUGUCAGACUUGGACAUGCUCGAGGUUUUGAUCAAAUAG